UUACAUUUUGCUGAUGAGGAAAACUUCUCAAGGAGAUCUAGUGACUUGGCCAAGCUCUCACAACUAGCAAGUGAAGAAUUUUCUUUUAAACCUUCAGGUGUUUUAUCUGACCCCAAAGGUAGAGUUCUUUCUAACAGGGACAUUUUUGGUUUUGUUCAGUUCUCCUUGUCACAUAUGCACCCAUCACCAUCUCUGCAGAAACUGGAAAGCAGGAGGUGCGUCAAGAAGACUUUAUGAAUGGCAGUUGAAAGGAGAUGGACAUUUCUUCACUGAAUCUAUGUCCCUUACUGUCAAGAUGACACCCUAAAAUAGAUCUUGAAAAGGGGAGGGGGCGGCACCGCGGCUGCAGGGAAGGGCAGUCAGCAUAGAGAAAGAAAAGGUGACUGUCAUUGAAGCUAAGCCCGCGAUUUUCCAGGCAGAUUUCCACAUUUGGUUUUCAUCUCAAUUUAAGACCUCCUUUCUUCUUUCACUGUUACCGUGGUCGGUGUAAGGACGGUGAGAAUGAAUGGGGAGACUCUGCUGAUUGCGGAAAGGAGCCGCAUCUAGGGGCAAUUGGGCUGGUGGUGGUGGUGUCAUUGGGGUCCAUGUAGGAGUUGGGAGCCUACCCUUGCAGCUGCAGUGAUACCCGAACCCUGCAAAGGAGAAGCUGCUGGGGUAGGACUUUGGCUGGUCCUAAUGUAAAUAAGAGGCGGGCCAAGCAGUCCAGCCUGGCUCAGUUAUGCAAAACGGGAGCUGGGGCGCUGGGACAGCUCUGGCCACGCUGCGGAUGCGCGAGCUGAGGGGAGAGGGGGGUUGGGGAGGUCUGAAACCGCAGAGGGAGUGCGAAUAUGUAAAUGAAAGCCUGUGAUGGGUGUGGCCUGAAAGAGUAAUGCAAAUGAAGGGGCGGUCCCUGUGGUCUCCGCCUCCCACCCCCGCAGCUGUGGACAGCGGUGCAGAGCGCAGCUGGAGGAGCGACGGCAGCUGGGGGCAGUGACAGCUCGGAGCUCCGCUAGGCUAGGCGGCGGCGGGGCGACAAACCGCACGGCGAGGGAAGGAAGACCGAGCGGCCCCGGCAGCUGCUGUCGCCUCUUUCCCAGCCCCCGGUACCUCUCGGCUCUUCCUUGCGCGCAAGAUGGCUGACCCGGCUGCGGUGCCACCGCCGAGCGAAGGCGAGGAGAACACGGUCCGCUUCGCCCGCAAAGGGGCCCUCCGGCAGAAGAACGUCCACGAGGUGAAGAACCACAAAUUCACCGCCCGCUUCUUCAAGCAGCCCACCUUCUGCAGCCACUGCACCGACUUCAUCUGGGGAUUCGGAAAGCAGGGAUUUCAGUGUCAAGUGUGCUGUUUCGUUGUCCAUAAGAGAUGCCAUGAAUUUGUCACCUUCUCCUGCCCGGGUGCUGAUAAGGGCCCAGCCUCUGAUGAUCCACGGAGCAAGCACAAGUUUAAAAUCCACACUUAUUCCAGUCCAACAUUUUGUGAUCACUGUGGCUCUUUACUAUAUGGGCUCAUUCACCAAGGAAUGAAAUGUGACACCUGCAUGAUGAACGUGCACAAACGCUGUGUGAUGAAUGUUCCCAGCCUCUGCGGAACGGACCAUACUGAGCGCCGAGGACGAAUCUACAUCAAGGCCCAGAUUGAUAAAGAUGUUCUCACUGUUGUUGUAAGAGAUGCAAAAAAUCUAGUACCCAUGGACCCUAAUGGUCUAUCAGAUCCUUAUGUAAAACUGAAACUCAUCCCUGAUCCCAAGAGUGAGAGCAAGCAGAAGACCAAAACCAUCAAGUGUUCCCUCAACCCCGAGUGGAAUGAGACAUUUAAGUUUCAACUGAAAGAAUCCGACAAAGACAGACGACUUUCUGUGGAGAUUUGGGACUGGGAUCUGACCAGCAGGAAUGACUUCAUGGGGUCCUUGUCCUUUGGGAUCUCGGAGCUGCAGAAAGCUGGUGUUGAUGGAUGGUUUAAAUUGCUAAGUCAAGAGGAGGGAGAGUAUUUUAAUGUUCCGGUUCCUCCGGAAGGAGAAGAAGGCAAUGAAGAACUCCGGCAGAAAUUUGAGAGAGCCAAGAUUGGCCAGGGAACCAAGGUUACUGAAGAAAAGACAGCCAAUGCAGUAUCUAAAAUAGACAACAAUGGAAACCGAGAUCGGAUGAAACUGACUGACUUUAACUUCCUCAUGGUGCUGGGGAAAGGCAGCUUUGGCAAGGUCAUGCUCUCUGAAAGAAAAGGUACUGAUGAACUCUAUGCUGUGAAGAUCCUGAAGAAAGAUGUCGUGAUCCAAGAUGAUGAUGUCGAAUGUACGAUGGUGGAGAAGAGGGUGCUUGCUCUUGCUGGGAAGCCCCCAUUCCUGACCCAGCUUCAUUCCUGUUUCCAGACAAUGGAUCGCCUGUAUUUUGUGAUGGAAUAUGUGAAUGGUGGAGAUCUCAUGUACCAGAUCCAGCAGGUUGGACGAUUUAAGGAGCCACAUGCUGUAUUCUAUGCCGCAGAAAUUGCUAUCGGUCUAUUCUUCUUACAAAGCAAAGGCAUCAUUUAUCGAGAUCUAAAACUUGACAACGUCAUGUUGGAUUCAGAAGGCCACAUCAAGAUUGCUGACUUUGGCAUGUGCAAGGAGAACAUCUGGGAUGGGGUGACCACUAAGACGUUCUGUGGCACUCCAGACUACAUUGCUCCUGAGAUAAUUGCCUAUCAGCCUUACGGGAAGUCGGUAGAUUGGUGGGCAUUUGGAGUGCUGCUGUAUGAAAUGUUGGCUGGCCAGGCUCCUUUUGAAGGCGAAGAUGAAGAUGAGCUUUUCCAGUCUAUCAUGGAGCACAACGUGGCAUACCCCAAGUCCAUGUCAAAGGAAGCUGUGGCCAUCUGCAAAGGGCUGAUGACCAAGCACCCAGGUAAACGUCUAGGAUGUGGGCCUGAAGGUGAACGAGAUAUUAAGGAACAUGCAUUUUUCCGAUAUAUUGACUGGGAGAAACUUGAACGCAAGGAGAUCCAGCCCCCAUACAAGCCAAAGGCUUGUGGGCGAAAUGCCGAAAACUUCGACCGGUUUUUCACCCGCCAUCCACCCGUCCUAACACCUCCUGACCAGGAAGUCAUCAGGAACAUUGACCAAUCAGAAUUCGAAGGAUUUUCCUUUGUUAACUCUGAAUUUUUAAAACCUGAAGUCAAGAGCUAAGUAGCUGUGUAGAUCUCCGUCCUUCAUUUCCAUCAUGCAAUCCCAACAGCUGUCUUGGUGACCUUUUUCAUUGCAAAGUUGCAUUUGUGAUUUUUUUUUUUUGUAGUUGAACUGGAGUGACCAUAUUUCAAAGCCACAAGUGUCUUCAAGUAGUUGAGUAUCACUAACGUCUGGGGUCAUGCAGAUGUGGUGAAUAAAAUGCCACAGCACAUAAAUGCACACUAUCAAGUUGUGCUCAGAGUUGAUUCUACCCAUAUGUUAGCUAACCAGACCUGGUUAAAAGAAAGGAAUCUUAUCUUUCCUUUCAUCUCUCUUGUUCUCCCCCAUCAUUUUUAUUGAUCCUCAGAGCUAGCUAAGGAUCUAGUUGACCAUUGGGUAAGAUAUCUAAUCCAACAAUCUGAGACCACUUUGGUAGACUAGCCAUCUUCUUGUUCUAGCAGGAAAGACUGGAAGAUUUAGCACUAAAUUUGUCACAGGAUCCAGAACAGAGUAACCUAAUAUUUGAAAAUUUCUCCUUUUUUCCCAAAGAAAUGAAGGGUGCAUUUAUCCUUCCUGGUCAAAAGAAAAUAAUAAAAUUUUAAAGUAAAGCCAGAAAAGGAACCAUAUUCCUUUUUUUAUCUACAAACUAAGAUUACACAUUCUCCUUUAAGGCUAUGCUUUUUUAUUUCUAUGGUAGAACUGAGGGAAGAAUCAACUCUAAACAGGCAUUUGAUCCAGGUUGUCAUUCUCUAGCCCUUCCUCUGCCAUAUAGGCAACUAGUUUAUAAGAACCAGCGAUGGGAAUCCUGCUGCUGGUAAUCUGAUCUGGCUGCUUGCUAUGUUACUGUCAUGGCCAUAUUACAAUGCAGUACUCAGCCUAAAUGCUUUUGCUUCCAACUAGCACAUAUUCACCACCAUCUCUAAACUACUUGAAAAAGGCACUUUGGAACACUCUCUUGAAAGCUCAUGGUCACUCUAGUUAGCUCCCUACAUAACAUGGUUUUGCAUUACAUUCCAAACUUGAUUUUCUUGGGGGUGGGGGUGGGGUGGGGAGUGGGGUUCAAUUGUCAUCCAAAUGCCAAAACAGUUAUUCACUUUGUUAUGCGUGCUUCAAAUAUGUGUCCAAAAUGUUAACAAAAAUGAACUGCUAUGAUUUUAAAAAAGAAGAGCCGUGUGAAACCUAACCACACCUGUUUUAAAAAAAAAGUGUCAGAAUGGAUAUUCAUGCAGAUACUUGCCUUUGGAUAUAGGAUUUGUCUGGAUUUGUUUCUGCCGUUGGGAAGAUAAUUAAGAGCUUUGGGAAGGACAAGUCUCUUGAAACAGUCUUAUUAUUUUUCCUUUUAUGAUGUUUUGUGAGAUGUUUGUGGAAGUGUCAGUUUGUAUUGGUAUGCUUAAUAUAUGUAAUGUGCCAAUUUUUUUCCAGUAUUGAGAUAUAAUAAAAAUGGAAAGAAAGCUAAUCAAAAGAUAACUGCUCUCUUUGAUAAAUGCUGACUUGUGCUAUAGUUUGGGGCCUUCUGAUGCCAUGUACCAGCAGAGAGUCAGAUGAGAUAGAAAGGUGCAGGGUCAUCUAACAUUCAUUGGGAGGGGAAGAAAUUUGGACACUGACCAUGGAACCCUGAAGCCCAAACCAGAACACAGUAAGUCACCACAGGAGAAUCAGUUAGGAGUUAAAGUGACCAAACUUAGGAGUCCAACAAAGACCUAAAUUCCCUCGAAAUUAAGUUCUUCCUUUUCUUAUAAAAAGUAUAAUGACCCUGAGGCUCGAAUUUCUCCUGAGGCCUGGCUCUGCCAUGCCAUUACCUAUGUGACACUGAACAAGUGACUUAACCUCACUGAGUCUCAGUUUCCCUAAAUGUAAAAAGACAAGGGAAAUUCUACAUGCCUUCAUGGAGCUGUUGUGAAGAUCACAUGAGAGAAACAGAUAUAAAAGUUUUGUAAACCAUACAAUGUGUUACAUAAAUACCAUGAUUCAAACAUUUCUUCUUCUUCAUCAUCAACACCAUCCCCAGCCAUUUAACUUCUUAGGGCUUUAGGCAACUAAAACUGUACACUGCAGAGAAAGUGUUGACAUACAUUGGUAAAAGGUGUUUACUCAUCAGAGAGUUCUCUUUACCUGUGAAAGCACAGGUCCAAUCUCUAUCACUAUGCCAGUGUCAAGCAGUGUCAAAGGUCAGACAAAAUAGCCUGUAGAAGUUUAAGGAUAGAUUUUUCAGGUCUAGUCAGCCCUUGAUUAGGGGGCUGGCUCUGGCCUUGUGGUCUAAGGUAAAGUUGAAAGAGUGAAAUAAAAAGCUUACAAAAAGAAAAAUAGUCAUUAGUCACCAAUAUUCCCACUCUUUUCCUAGAUCUAUGACCUUUGACAGCAUGUUCCUUAUGGUAAUUAGAGGACUAGGGACCAGAGUCCCUAAUUCCCUAACUUCAUCCCCUACUCCUCACUUCUUUCCCCAACUUUUCUCAAGUUUCCUUGGUGUCUAACUCCAGUUUUCUUAGCAUUUCCUUUCAAUUACAAGAUAUAUUUGGGGGUGAUAAGAGAGCUUUCCUUGUGCCCCACCCCUCUUGCCCCAGUAGAGACAAUUUCUCCUGAAUGACCCAACAACCCAACUUAUGCUCAAAGAGCAGAUACUGGCUACCUGGGGUUGGGAUAACAGCUGGAGGUAAAACUCAGGAAGUCCUCUAACAGAAAUGUUUCUAUUCCACGGCCAAAUCAAGCAAAAGACAAGUCAGCCAAGCCCUUUGUGUUCCUUCCCAAUACUCUUCUGCCCUGUAUCACUUCUCUUUUAGCUCUUUUCCACAGGCUCUUGAUUUUCUCAUCUAAUCCUUUGUAUGUGGAUUUCUCUUUCUCAUUCCACCCUUUAUUGCUUCACCUUUUUCCUGCCCUAUUUUCCAUCCUCUUCUGCUUGACCCCUGUCCUCUCUUCUUGGUUUUCUUUCUCAUUCCCUUGGGCUUAUCCUAUCACAGUCUACUCUAGCUUUUCCUCCUCAGAAUCAGAGAGUAUAGAAUGUCAGAGUUGGAAGGGACCUUAGAGUAUAACAACAACUAAUAAUUUCAAUUGCCACUUUCAUUUCUCAGUUUUCAAAACACUUUGAAAGAGAUAACCUCGUUUGAGCUUCACAACAAGCCCAUGAGUUAGGUAGCAUAAUAUUAUUAAACCCAUUUUACAGAUGAUAAAAAAGGCUCAGAGGGGUAAAGGUACAUUCCUAAGGUCACACAGCUAGUAAAUCAAAGAACCUAGAUUUGAACCUAAGUCUUUUGACUCCAUUUCCAGUCUGCUUUUCAAAACUGCUUGAAGGUUGUAACUGGAAUUAUACAGAUGGAUGCAAAGACACCAGAAUAUUAGAGUAGGAACAGAUUUUAGAUCAUGAAACAUAAAAUUAGGACUAGAAAGGAUUUUGAGGAUCAAUUGAGAUCCAGUGGAGAAAGUGAGUGACUUGUCCAAGGUCACCAAACUAGUCAGUGGUAGAGCGAGGACUAGGAUUCAGAUUUUGUGACUCCCAAGUUCAGUGCUCUUCCCACAGCCCAGCCUCCUUACCUCUGGCCCAUGGUUGAUCAGGCACCAGCCACCAAUCUCCAAUUGAACCAGGGCCCUGGAGGAGGUGCUGAGCUAUGCCCCAUCCAAAUGCUCCCUAAGACAGGGAGUAUGUGGGGAGGGGAUGCUACUGUAACUUGUUGGAAAGAGUAGAAUCGCAGAAUUUUAGAGAUGAAAGUGAUCCCUAUAAAGCAGCCAGCCCAUACCUUUAAUUUUGUAUAUGAAGUAAAGGCAAGCAGAGAUGGUGACUCACCUGUGGUCCCAUGGCUAGGGGCAGAGUCACAACUUGAAGUCAAUUCUCCUUAUCUGGGCCAGUAAAAAGAACCAGAUGGGCUUUUCUCUCUUCUCUUCAGAAGCUCUGAAUGAUGAGGCCAAAGUAGAUCCAAGAAAAGCAUUCCCUGAUCUCCACUCUGUACAUUGGGAAGAAUGAAGGAGACAGGAUUGAAAAACCUCCACUGCCCAAACUGGGAGUAAUUCUCAUGAGGUUUGGAAGAGUUCCUGUGGGUGCACACUCUUACUGCCACCUCCCCAACUAGUAAAAUAAGUGUGGGGUUUUUUUCCUUUGAUGAAUGAAAGGACCCAAAAGUUAUUGGAGAGGAAUGUUUGUUCACUGGGGAUGGAUAACAACACUCCCAAAUGACCUCCCUGCCAUCCCCCGUGGCUCUCAGCUUGGAUCUCCUUGGAGUCCUGGCAUCUUUUAGAAUCAGUCAAUCACCAUUUAUUUGGCAUCUACUCUAUAUGUCAGACAUUGAACUAGGUACUGAGGAUAAAAAGAGGACAAUGAAAUCAUUCCUACCCUCAAGGAGCUUAAAUUCCACCAAGAUCCAGAGCUUCCAAAAGAUCAUCAAAGGCAUUUAGAAAACCUGACCAACAGCACUGAGGUAAGAUUUCUUAUCCUUAAAGGGAAAAAAUGUUCCAGAAUUCUGUUCAUCUCCUAUAAGCCAGAAAUCUAUUCUUCUGCCCUUUCUCUUCCCAUCAUUCUAUACCAUGGGAUUUCCUUCUCUGCUAUCACUGCCUACAAUCCAAGCAAUGGAAAAAAUAAAGUUAUAGCUGAGAGCGGUAGAAUAUUAGAACUAGAAGGAAACUUAGGAACCAAUGAGACCCCAAAACUCAUUUUACAGAUAAAGGGAGGCUCAAAGAGAAGUAACUUUCAUAAAGUUUCAAAAGGAGUUAGUGGCUCUUCCUCUGUGAAAAAGGAAAACAAUCCUCGAUAGCAGAAACUGCUUUUCCAUUUAGGAAGGACCAGUGGCCUUGGUCUUUAAUUCAUUUAGACUCACAAAAUGUGAGAUGUCUAUUCUAGACAUAACAUAGAAUGUUAGCUCUAGAAAAAACCCCAGAAGUCAACUAGUACAAAAAUGAGGUUCAGAAAUGAGAGGUGAUUUGCUAGUCAAUAAGACUGCCACGACUACCUUGGUCUCCUGACUUUCAUUCCAUUGUUUUGCCCCUUACACUACAAAACACACAAAACAGAAUUUCUUAUUUAGCCCUGGGCCACAUCCACCAGCUGACAGGCUACUUGAGUUCUUAGAAUCUUCACCUGGCUGUUCAUUCUAAUUAGACUAUUUGAACUGUUAGUUCCUUUGACAGUUCUGAUUUCAGAGUGGCCAUCUGGUAAACACAGGCAUUUUUUUCUGGCAAAGAUGAUUGCCAUUAAUUCAUAUGAAAUGUGUAACAAAGGACCAAUUUGACCCUUGCAAAUGUCAGAUGUAAGACUAUCUCAUGGACAGUGUUGGGAGAAAAAAUAUUUCUUUCAACAUCAUAUUUCAGAUUCAACCUGUUCCUUACUGAGUUUAACCUGUACCUUAAUUAUUUCAUUCUUAGAAAUAUCAAUGUAGACCCUAAUUCUUCUCUAUGGUAGUUUCCUUUCUUCCUCAGAAUACUCUAUCACUGAACUUCCUAGUCUUUCUAGUAGUACUGUUGUCAGAGGGGCCAAUGAAGAACUUUAAAGGGAAAAAAUAAGGGAACUUAAUAGGAAUUGUAUUCCAGGGAUCCAGGUUUGAUAAGGGUAAGCCAACUUCCUGGUCAUGAGCCUUUCCUAUUGAGCUAGGCUAUUCCCUGGAUGACAAGCAUCUGAAAUUUACAGACACAUAGUCUAAGCCCUAACUAAAGCUGAAAGACUCUCUAAGGUCCUGGAAAAUUGACUGAGUUAUGCCCUUUCCAAAUAGUCCCCAGAGCAUAAGAUUAUUGACUUGAUUUUGAGGAAGAGUUGGGAAUACCUCCCAGUCUUUGACCUCUAUUGAAUGUGGUUUCAAGAACCCAUGGUCACCUCCUUGCCAAUGAAGCAUCAAAGGGUGUAUGACUUUAACAAAAGAUUAAGGAUUCAUACCAGGCAAAUAUCUUCUCUUCACAUUAAUAUCCCUAAAUACAUGGGGAAAUAAAUGGGAAUCUCAGAAUUCAAAGGGACCUCAGAGACCAUCUAGUUUAAGCUAUACCUGAAUCAGGACCUUCACCAUAACAUUCCAACCAGGGGUUGAGAGUGAGAUUUUCCCUACCCUAUAUAUAUAUAUAUAUAAAAUUUACUUCUCUACAGAUAGAGAUGCUUUAAAGGCUUGAAUCAGUCUUUCGUCUCAUACAGGAUAGACUAUAAAUGCUCUCAUAUAGAAUAGACUGUAACUGUUUUGUCUUUUCAUACAUUAAGCAUUCUCCUUAAACCUUUAAAAGUCUGUGGUUAGGAUGGAAUAAUCAGGGAAAAGGUCAGAGCUCCCAAAAUAGCUACUCUAGAGUAGCUCUGGACCAAUAAGUACUGGUAGAAUAAGUAAUAAAAGCAAGACCUUGAUGACAACCCUCAAAGUUGACCAAAUGACUUAAAAGCGGCAGAAUUGUGUAAUAGCUAGGCCCAAGAUGGCUGCCUCUAAAGUUUUUGAUGAGUUUUCUACUGCCGAAGUGUGAAAGUCAUGAGCUAUGUAACCCAGCAACAUUGAUGUGGAGAACCAAUAGAUGAGAAGACAAUGCUAUAUAAUUACUUAUCGCAGAAAUAACUAAUAGCAUUUUUACUGCUUUAAUCUUGGGGACUCUAUGGGUAUAAGUAUCCCUCUUCCCUGUGGCUUGAGGUCUUUCAGGCCGUAGACCUGCCUGAGACCAGCUUUAUUGUGUGAUAGGCCCUCUCUCAAUAAACCUAUUUUCUAUGGCUUGGAGACUUUGGUUUUUCUUCAUCUAACCCUGUGACUUAGAAAUUUUCUCAACUGGGUCAUGCAGCCACUUUUCAAAGGCAGCCAGUGAGGUGGAAUCCACUGUGACUUGAAGUUAGUCUUUUCUACUUUGGGGUAACCAUAAUUGUGAAAUUCUCCCUAAGCUUAAUUUACUCAUUUUCAGCCUCUACAUACUGUUUCCUGUUCUGUCCUCUAAGACCAAACAGAAAGAGUCUAAUCCCUCAUCCAUGUGACUAAACAUUCAAAUACAAAUUUCCUGCCUUUAAUUCUUCAGUCUGAAUAUUCCUAAUUCCUUCAACAUCCUUUAACAGGUGUGAUCUCAAGACAUUUCACCACCCUCAUACUCUUCUCUGGAUGCUCUCCAGUUUAUCAAUUCCUGAAAUGAGCCAACCAGACCGAAAGCAAUAUUCUAGGUGUGAUCUGACCAGGGAAGAAAGCAGGACAACUGUCAUUUCUAACACUAUAUCAGUCUCAAAAACUAAAUGUGCAUUAGCUUUCUUGAUUGUGUAUUAGGCUGGUGACUCAUAAUGAGCUCACAGGCCUGUAAAACUUCCAUAUCUUCUUUUAGAAAUAGCCAGAUCUCCCACAUCUUACACUUGUGAAGUUAAUAAUGACCCCCAAAUGUCAACAUUUACAUUUGUCCUUAUUAGCUAGAAUCACAUUAUCUUUGUUCCAAUGAAAUAUCUGGUCCAUAGCUUUAUGGAUCCUGUCUCUGUCAUCCUUGAUGUUAAGUAUGCCUCCCAGAUUUUAGAUGACACACAUCUAAAAAUUUGAUAAGCAUGUGUAAUUUACACUCUUAACCAAGUCAUUGAUUUUUUUUAUUCAAAAAGUACAUGGUCAAUCACAGAUUUCUUAUUCAAUACACUGGAAACCUUCUUCCAAGUUGACAUUAAAUCACUGACUCAUUGGGCCUACACUGAAAACCUCCUUCCAAAUUGACAUUAAAUUACUGAGUCUUUGGGUCUACACUGGAGACCUCCUUCCAAACUGACAUUAAACCACUGACUCUGGGUCUGCUCAUUUAACAGGUUACAAAUUCUCCCACCUGUGUCCAUCUAGACCACCUCGCUUCCCUUGUUUUACAAUAAUAGUAUGAGGUUUUUGUUCAAUGCUCUGCUAAAAAUCUAGGUAAACCAUAUCUACAACAGUGCCCUGUUCUACAGAGCUUCUAGUAGGUCUGUCCAAAAUAAAUAAAUAAAUAAAUAAGGUAAGUUUGACAUGACCUACUCCUAAUGAAGUCAUCCUGGAGGCUACUUUUUCUAAAUGUUCACUAAUUAUCCCUUUUUAAUAGUAUGCUCUAGCAUUUUCCCAAGCAUACAAGUCAAUUUCCCUGGCUUAUUUUCAGGUACCAUUCUAUUUCCCCUCAUUAAAGAAAAAUAUUGCCCUUCUCCAACCCUGCAGCAUUCCUCCCAUCCUCACAUUCUCCCACUCUCCCAAAUCUUCCAGGUUAUCUUGGACAACAAUUCCCUAUUAACCAUUUUUUGUUUUUUUCUUUUUCAGGCCAAAUAUCAUUCUCCUUGGGGGAGGGGGCAGAAAUAAAAGUCAAGCAACGCCAUACUCUGACAUCUUUCAUCAUUCACCCUAAGCAGUGGCUCUAUCCCUUCUCUGAUCCUACUCUUUCCCCAAAUAUAGCCAAAAGAUCCCUUUUGUUGGCCUUAACUUUCUUCACCAGCUUCAGCUCAUUCUGAGCUUUAGCGCACUUGUCAAGAUUUUUACAGGACCACAUCACAUUUGGUAUUCAUUCUCUGUUACCUGCCUGCCUUUGCUUCUAUCUUCUGCAUGUCUUUUUUUUUUUUUUUUACUGGUUGAUGAGUCCAUCUUAGACAGCUUUUCCUAUUCUUUCCCAUCGGAAUGAUUUCUUCAAAACUUCAUCCUUAAGAGCCUUCCCUAGCUCUUAGGUGGACUUCCCCUAUACAUUUCCCCCAUAGGACCCUUCCUCAGAGUCCUUUGAAAUCUGCUUUCAAAAUCUUGGAUGUAUAACUAACUGUCCCUGGCUUUCCUCUCCUCUAGCACAAAUUCUGAGACAGGACUGUAUGUUACCCACAAGGUUCCCAUCUAUUCUAAACCAGCAACCAUUUUCUCCUUGCUAUAAGAAUCAGAUCCAGAAUAGAGUUCCCCUCAUUUAUUCCUCUAUCUCUUGAAGGAUAAAAUCAUCAUUAAGCACAUAUAAGGAAUUACUGAAAGCGCUGCCUAACAUAGAGUAAUAAGUUUAGUAAAUGUCCGGAUAAUUGUAGUAUGCCCCCCCCCAAAACCAAUACUAUUAUAUAAUUUCUCUGUGUCAGGCUUGUGAUGCUUCCUAACUCUUAUUUUCUCACUUAUAGAAUCACAGAAUUUUAGAAUGGGAAGGAAUCUCAAGAGCUUUCCAGGCUAACCCAUACACAAAAGGAAUCUCCAACAGAAUAUACCCAACGAGUGUUUAUCCAACCCUUCCUUAAAGACUUCCAAAGACAAGGGACCCACCACUUCUCAAGGCCACUUAUUCUACCUUUGAAUAGUUCUAAUUAUUAGGGAAUUUUUCCUUACACUAAACCUAAAUUUUCUUUUUGCAGUUUCUACCCAUUAUUGCUGGUUGUGCCCUCUGGGACCAAGUAGAAUAUUCUUAUCCAGGUUUCUAUUGUUUUCUCCAUCACUUUUCCCUAAAGGCUUCCCACCAUGUUUCACCCACUCAGGAUUGUGGAUAGUGCUUAUAUGAAUAUACCUUUUUAUCUUACUAGGCUGUUCUGCUACCAUCUCCUUUCUUUUCAUUCUGUACCUUGCUAGCAUCUCUGGUUCUAGUCUCUGGUCACAUCCUAUCAAAAGUCUCAGUGAUAGCUAUAAAGUAAAAUUUGUCUCCCUGUAUUAGGAUAUCCAGUAGUCUUCAUUUAUCACCCAUAAUUCAUACAUCUAUGUAUGGAGCUCUAUGACUGUGGACUUUAUCAUUGGAUCUUUUUUUUUUAAGUGUCUCCUGUGAAUAAGGAAACCAAAGCUCCAAAAGAUUAAGCAAUUGAUUUGUCUUAUGGCCUCACUGUCCCUUAGUGUCUUCUAAGAACAGCUUCCCGAAUUUAUUCAGGAAGAAAUAUGUCUACUUUCUUUUGUUUUAGAAAGAAGAGAAAAUAAUUAAAAACUGGCAGACUUUCCUUUGGACAAAUGGAAAUCCUGAUUCUAUGAAAUGAGCCAGAGCUCUGAGCAUUAAAGAACUAUGGAGAUCAUACAGCUAGAAGGGCAAGAACAACCUCUUAUGGAGAUGCUCACCUCACAUGGCCACUUCCUUAAACCCUAGGAGGUGAAAGCUGAGAUUUAGGAUCAUUGAGCCCUUUGUUUUACAACAGAGAAUCAGAGAGCAACUGUGCCUUCCCCGAGAUUACACACAGGGUUGAAAUGGCAGAGCCAAUGCUUAAAAGAUCUUCUGAUCUUUAAACCAAUGUCCUUUCUACUAUGUUACACUGCCUUCUAAGAAAACAGUUAGAUGGAGGGAGCAGAGAAUUGAAAGAGAGCAUCUUAAAAUAAUAGAAAGAACACUGAGUUCAAAGUCAGUAGUCUAGAUUAUGUGACCUUAGACAACUCACUUAACAUAUUAGGGCCAUGAUUUCUUCCUCUUCAGAAUGGACAGGAUUAUUUCUAAGAUUCCUUCCAACUUUCAGACACGUAAUGAAUUUUUUCAAGAAGGGAAAGUUAGUGAAUGGAGGACCAAAAAUAGCAUGAAUGAGUUCAGAGACCAUUGAAGACCAUAAAAGACCUUUUCAUAGGCCAAACUCCCUUGUGGUCCUUCUGGCUAAAAGGGCUUGUUCUGAGCUGAGAGAAACACUACUUUGCUCCCACAAAAAUUGUGUCCUAUUAGGAACAUGCAUUAAAGACAUGGGUACCAUGAAUACUGGCCAAUAAGAUGACAAACCUGAAUUACUAAAGAAAAGUUACUAAAGAAAAGAAUUUAAACUCUAGGAAAAUCCUAGCCUUGACCCACUGCUUAUGAGAGGUAUCAUUAUAUCUGGGUCAAGGCUAAGGGCUCACAGUAUGGCACUAUGUCAUAUGAGAUAACUUGAAAUGGGUCCUCUUGAACAUCUCAGUGCCAUUCAUAUAGACUCCUUAGUCUCAAAAUUAGAGAGUAACUUAUGGGUUCUCAAAGAGAACAGCCUCUACCUGCACCAUGAAUCCCCUCUAAAACAACUCAAGUGGUCAUUCAGUUUCUGAUUUACCAUUCACUUCCUUGAGCGAGAUCUAACUAUCAUCAGACAACCCUAAUAAUCAGAAGAUUAAUGAGGCAGCUAGGUGGCACAGUGGAAAGAGCACCAGGCCUGGAAUUAGGAGGACCUAAGUUUGAAUUUAACCUUUGAUGCUUACUAGCUGUGUGACCCUGGGCAAGUCACUUAACCA